GUUUCCAUUGGUGGGGCAGAGGAUGGAGAAGUUGGUGUUACGUUUCUGCCCUAAAAAGUUAAUUUUGUUAAGAUUUUAGUUUUAUCGCUGCGCUUUCCUUUUAAAUAGGAAAUCUAUGAUCACUCAGGUCGGAUCUGUAUAUACCUUAGGAGGUACUAUUAGAUGGCUCAAUCACGAUUUAGCAAGAUUGAUGAAUAUGGUUUUGAAAGACCUGAUGAUUUUGAUUAUCAAACUUAUGAGACAUUUAUGUCUCAAUACCUUCAAAUUUUGGCUAGAAGAUCCAAAAAAUGGACUACUUUGAUGAAAUCAGAACAGGCAUUAAAAAAAAAACGAAUUCUUAAAUCAUAUAUCAGGAAAGGUAUUCCAAAUGAGUAUCGUGAAAAAGUAUGGCUGCAUGUCAGUGGAGCUAAUGAAGCAAAAAUAAAACAUGGUGUUGAUCUGUACAAAAAAAUGGUUGCUUCUACCCAUGACACUACUCUUGUUGAAGCAAUAAGGAUUGAUCUGCCAAGAACAUUUCCAGACAAUAUAUUUUUCAAUUCAUCUGAUGAGCAUCAAGAAAUGUUGUUUAGGGUUCUUAUUGCAUAUGCGCACCACAAUAAGAAAGUAGGCUACUGCCAGGGAAUGAAUUACAUUGCUGGAUUAAUACUUCUAGUUACCAAAAAUGAAGAUUCAACGUUUUGGCUUCUUAAAGCAUUAGUGGAGAACAUUCUUCCUGACUACUACAGUCCAACAAUGGAUGGUCUGCUGACUGAUAUUGAUACUGUAUCUGAGUUAGUCAGAUUAAAAUAUCCUGAAGUCAGUAAGCAUGUUGCUGAAUUGGGUCUCCCGUGGCCUGUUAUUACAACAAAAUGGUUCAUAUGUAUUUAUUGUGAAGUUCUUCCAACCGAGACUGUGUUGAGGAUUUGGGAUUGUCUCUUCAAUGAAGGAUCAAAAAUUGUUUUCCGGGUUGCUUUAACAAUAAUUGGCCUGCAUAUUUCUGAAAUACUUUCUACUACUCAAUUUUCUGAAAUGAAUGAUUGUUUGAAAAAAAUUGUAAAAGGACCUCCUACAGUUCACUGCCAUAAUUUCACGCAGAGUAUAUUCAAAGUGCCUGGUAAGCUGACAACCAAAGUGAUCAACAGAAUAAGGGAAACAGUAUCUCAAGAAAGGAAACAAAAAAAAGAUUAACUAUGAUCUGUGUAUGUAUUAAGUUACCUUAUAUAUAAAAUAAUUUAUUGUAUUAAUUUCUGCAAACCUACCAAUAGGUUGUACUGUUUUUGUAAUAAUGGAUUUUCUAAUGUUAAGUGAAUUUUUUUUUUAUUACUACUGCGUAGUAUGUGUAGUACAUGAAAUCAAGUGAAAUUGUUAUGUUUAUUAAAUUUUGUUUUACAAAGUUAAUGUACUGUUU